AUGGCGCUUUGCCAGAACCGAUUACAAGAGGAGAGGAAGCAGUGGCGACGAGACCAUCCUUUUGGUUUCUAUGCCAAGCCACAGCGUACCAAAGAAGGUGUACUCGAUGUCAAAAAUUGGGAAUGCGGAAUCCCUGGCAAAGAUAACACAAUUUGGUCUGGCGGACUCUUCAAGCUGACCAUCGCUUUCCCUGAUGAGUACCCUACAAAGCCUCCCAAGUGCAAAUUUGUCCCCCCGCUGUUCCACCCCAAUGUGUACCCUUCAGGAACUGUCUGCCUGUCCAUCCUCAACGAAGAGGAGGCUUGGAAGCCUGCGAUCACCGUCAAACAAAUCCUUCUCGGUAUCCAGGACCUUCUCAACGACCCCAACCCCGAGUCACCUGCCCAAGCAGAGGCAUACAAUCUUUUCAAGAGAGAUCGUGCCGAGUACGAGAAGCGAGUUCGCCGUACGGUUCGUGAGAACCCCACACCUUGA